AUGAAGCUUCUCAGCGUUGCGGCCCUAUCGUUGGCCGUCGGGGACGUGUCGGCCCACUACAUCUUCCAGCAGCUCUCGGUGGGCGGAACCAAGUAUCCCGUCUUCCAAUACAUCCGCAAGAACUCAAACUACAACUCUCCCGUCACCGACCUCAGCUCCAAUGACCUACGGUGCAAUGUAGGAGCCAGUGGCUCGGGGACCGAGACUGUCUCAGUGCGGGCUGGUGACUCGGUCACAUUCACUCUUGACACGCCCGUUUAUCAUCAGGGACCGGUGUCGGUCUACAUGUCCAAAGCUCCUGGCUCGGCAGCAGACUACGACGGCAGCGGCGGCUGGUUCAAGAUCAAGGACUGGGGCCCGGACUUUAGCAGCGGCUCUGCGACCUGGACUCUGUCGGGCUCCUACACAGUCCAGAUCCCCACGUGCAUCCCCUCUGGCGAUUACCUUUUACGCAUCCAAAAUUUGGGUAUCCACAACCCCUGGCCGGCGGGUAUCCCCCAGUUCUAUAUCUCGUGCGCGCAAAUCACCGUGACCGGCGGCGGCAGCGGCAACCCGGGCCCGACCGUCUCCAUCCCCGGCGCCUUCAAGGAGACCGAUCCGGGAUACACCGUUAACAUAUACUCAAACUUCCGUAACUACACCGUCCCCGGCCCGGCAGUCUUCUCCUGCAACGGCGGCGGUAACCCUGGCACCCCACCCCCGACCACCACGACCCUGGUGACUUCCGUCCGGCCUACCACGGCGGCCCCGACGACUUCGUCGUCCCCGACCUCACCCCCUACUUGCACCGUCGCCAAAUGGGGCCAGUGCGGCGGCCUGGGCUGGACUGGGUGCACCACGUGUGCGGCCGGGUCGACGUGCAACAAGGCCAACGACUUUUAUUCCCAAUGCGUCUAG